ACUGUUGGCGACAAAGGAAAACCUGUUGGGAAAAUGAAGGACUUCUGGAAAAUCCCAGUGCUCUUCUUUGUAUGCAGCUUCCUGGGACCCUGGGCGUCCGCGGCCGUCAAGCGUCGCCCAAGGUUUCCUGUUAAUUCAAAUUCUAAUGGUGAAAAUGAACUCUGUCCAAAGGUCAGGAUUGGACAAGAUGAUUUACCAGGGUUUGACUUGAUUUCUCAGUUCCAGAUAGAUAAAGCAGCAUCCAGAAGAGCUAUCCAGAGGGUAGUGGGAUCAACUUCAUUACAAGUGGCUUACAAACUGGGAAGUAAUGUAGACUUCAGGAUUCCAACCAGGCAAUUAUAUCCCAGUGGGCUGCCUGAAGAAUACUCCUUUCUAACCACUUUCCGGAUGACUGGAAGCACACUUGAAAAGAAUUGGAACAUUUGGCAGAUUCAGGAUGCCUCGGGGAAGGAGCAAGUUGGCGUGAAGAUUAAUGGCCAAACAAAAUCUGUUGCAUUUUCAUAUAAGGGACUGGACGGAAGUCUCCAAACUGCAGCCUUUUCGAAUUUGCCCUCCUUGUUUGAUUCCCAGUGGCAUAAGAUCAUGAUUGGUGUGGAAAGGAGCACUGCAACUCUUUUUGUUGACUGCAACAGGAUUGAGUCCUUACCUAUAAAGCCAAGAGGCCAAAUCAAUAUCGAUGGCUUUGCUGUGCUGGGAAAACUUGUGGAUAAUCCUCAAGUUUCUGUUCCGUUUGAACUUCAGUGGAUGCUGAUCCAUUGUGACCCAUUGAGACCCCAGAGAGAAACUUGCCAUGAGCUGCCAGCCAGGAUAACACCCAGCCAGACCACCGACCAGAGGGGACCCCCGGGCGAGCAGGGUCCUCCGGGGCCGCCGGGCCCCCCUGGAGUCCCGGGCAUCGACGGCAUCGACGGUGACCGAGGUCCGAAGGGUCCCCCGGGCCCCCCGGGUCCCCCUGGAGAGCCAGGAAAGCCGGGAGCUCCGGGCAAGCCUGGAACUCCGGGCGCAGACGGAUUAACAGGACCUGAUGGAUCCCCUGGCUCUGUUGGACCAAGAGGACAAAAAGGAGAACCUGGUGUGCCGGGACCUCGUGGAUUUCCAGGCCGUGGUAUUCCUGGACCUCCUGGUCCUCCUGGGGGAGCAGGACUCCCCGGAGAGCUUGGCCGUGUUGGACCGAUUGGCGACCCUGGGAGAAGAGGAUCACCAGGCCCCCCUGGACCCCCAGGACCCAGUGGAACAAUUGGCUUUCAUGAUGGGGACCCAUUGUGUCCCAAUUCCUGUCCACCGGGUCGGUCGGGAUACCCAGGCCUGCCAGGCAUGAGGGGUCAUAAAGGGGCUAAAGGAGAGAUUGGUGAACCUGGAAGACAAGGUCACAAGGGUGAAGAAGGAGACCAGGGUGGACCAGGAGAGGUUGGAGUUCAAGGACCUCCGGGAGCUCAAGGUUUGAGAGGCAUCACUGGCAUAGCUGGGGCCAAAGGGGAAAAAGGCGCUCGGGGCUUAGAUGGAGAACCUGGGCCUCAAGGUCUCCCGGGUGCACCUGGUGAUCAAGGACAGCGAGGGCCUCCUGGAGAAAUCGGUCCCAAGGGAGACAGGGGGGCUCAAGGUUCUCUGGGAAUUCCUGGUCUCCCUGGGCCCAAAGGGGACACGGGCUUGCCAGGUGUGGAUGGCCGUGAAGGGAUACCUGGAAUGCCCGGAACGAAGGGUGAACCAGGGAAACCUGGGCCUCCUGGUGAAGCAGGAUUGCAGGGCUUACCUGGUAUACCUGGAAUGCCUGGCGCAAAGGGUGUUGCCGGUGAAAAGGGUAACACAGGUGCCCCAGGGAAGCCCGGUCGGUUGGGGAAUUCAGGGAAACCGGGCCACCAGGGGCCGCCAGGAGAGGUGGGACCCCGAGGACCCCGGGGGCUUCCUGGCAGUAGAGGUGAAGUAGGACCAGUAGGACCCCCAGGACUACCAGGUAAACUGGGUUCUGUCGGCAGCCCCGGCCUCCCCGGCUUGCCUGGCCCCCCUGGACUUCCUGGAAUGAAAGGUGACAGGGGUGUAGUUGGAGAACCUGGCCCAAAGGGUGAGCAGGGUGCCUCUGGUGAAGAGGGUGAACCAGGAGAAAGGGGUGAACUCGGAGAUGUAGGAUUACCUGGCCCAAGGGGAUCUGCAGGUAACCCUGGGGAGCCUGGCUUGAGGGGCCCCGAAGGAGGCCGGGGGCUUCCCGGGGAGGAAGGACCACGAGGACCGCCUGGCCCGCGAGGCGUGCAGGGAGAACAGGGCGCAACCGGGCUGCCUGGGAUCCAGGGCCCUCCUGGCAGGGGACCGACCGAUCAGCACAUUAAGCAGGUUUGCAUGAGAGUUAUACAAGAGCACUUUUCUGAGAUGGCUGCCAGUCUCAAGCGUCCAGACUCUGGAGCCUCCGGCCUCCCCGGGCAGCCUGGCCCCCCUGGUCCCCCAGGCCCUCCUGGAGAGAAUGGUUUCCCAGGCCAGAUGGGACUUCGCGGCCUCCCGGGCAUGAAAGGCCCCCCUGGGGCCCUUGGUUUGAAGGGACCGAAAGGUGACUUGGGAGAAAGGGGGGAUCGUGGCCCCCCAGGAAGAGGUCCCAAAGGUUUGCCCGGAGCUCCAGGUCUGCCAGGUGACCCAGGUCCUGCCAGCUACGGGAGGACUGGCCGGGACGGCGAGCGAGGCCCCCCAGGGGUGGCAGGCAUCCCUGGCGUACCUGGCCCGCCCGGACCUCCUGGCCCUCCUGGUUUCUGCGAGCCAGCCUCCUGCACCAUGCAGGCUGGUCUGCGGGCAUUUAACAGCAAAGGUCCGGAGCAGUGA